ACCGCGGCGGGCGGGGCCAGACGGGCAGGGAUGGCGGCGACGGCGACGGGGGCGGCCGACGCGGGGCCGGGGAUCGCGGUCCCCGUGGAGCUGCGGCGCGAGCGGCGUAUGGUGUGCGUGGAGUACCCAGGCGUGGUGCGCGACGUGUCCAAGAUGCUGCGGACGCUGGGCGGCGAGGAGGGCGUUUCCCGGAUCUACGCGGACCCCACCAAGAGGCUGGAGCUGUACUUCCGGCCCAAGGACCCUUACUGCCACCCUGUGUGCGCCAACCGCUUCAGUACCAGCAGCCUGCUGCUCCGGGUCAGGAGGAAGACCAGGCGGCAGAGGGAGCUGCCGGGGCUUGAGCCCCAUCCCGGGGCCACGUUCGACAUCGAGAUACUUGGCAUCAUCUCCACCAUUUACAAGUUUCAAGGAAUGUCCGACUUCCAGUACUUGGCGGUGCACACGGACGCGGGCGGCAGGCAAAUGUCCAUGUACGACAAGGUGCUCAUGCUCAAACCCGAGAAGGAGAGUUUCUUCCACCAAGAGCUGCCGCUCUACAUCCCCCCACCCAUCUUCUCUCGGCUGGACACCCCAGUGGACUAUUUCUAUCGGCCAGAGACGCAGCACCGGGAAGGCUACAACAACCCCCCCGUCUCAGGCGAGAACCUCAUCGGCCUGAGCAGGGCCCGGCGCCCCCACAACGCCAUCUUUGUCAACUUUGAGGAGGACGAGGUACCCACGCAGCCGCUGGAGGCUGCCGUCCAGACGUGGAGGAGGAUCUCCACCAACCCCACGGACCGCAAGGUGGAGGAGGAGCUGCGGAGGCUGUUUGAAAUCCGUCCCAUCUGGUCACGAAAUGCCGUCAAGGCCAGUAUCAGCGUCCACCCCGACAAGCUCAAGGUCCUGCUGCCCUUCAUGGCCUAUUACAUGAUAACAGGCCCCUGGAGAAGCCUGUGGAUUCGAUACGGGUAUGAUCCCCGAAAAAACCCAGAUGCCAAGAUUUAUCAAGUCCUUGAUUUCCGAAUCCGUUGUGGAAUGAAAUAUGGUUACGCCCCAAGUGACAUGCCCGUCAAGGCCAAGCGCAGCACCUACAACUACAGCCUUCCCAUCACCGUCAAAAAGAUGUCCAGCCAGCUUGUCACCAUGCAUGACCUGAAGCAGGGCCUGGGUCCAUCGGGGACGCCUGGCACACGGAAAGCAACCUCCAACAAGUACAAGCUCAAGGACUCGGUCUACAUCUUCCGGGAGGGGGCCUUGCCGCCUUAUCGACAGAUGUUCUACCAGUUGUGUGACUUGAACGUGGACGAGCUACAGAGGAUUAUUCACCGCAACGACGGGGCCGAGACCUGCUGCACAGAGCGCGAUGGCUGGUGCCUUCCCAAGACUAGCGAUGACUUGAGGGACACGAUGUCCCUCAUGAUCCGGCAGACCAUCCGCUCUAAGAGGCCUGCUCUCUUCUCCAGCCCGGCCAAGGCUGACAGGGGGAAAGAGCCCCUGACGUACGAGUCUGGGGAUGACGAGGAGGAUGAGGAGGAGGAGGAGGAGGACUUCAAGCCAUCCGAUGGCAGUGACAACGAGAUGGAGACAGAGAUUCUGGACUACGUGUGACACAGCCCUGCUCCCAAGGCUGGGUGUCGUGAUCACACAAGACUGGCAACGGAGCCGGGACAAGCCCUGGCUCCCCAGUGCUGCCCACGGUAACUGGAGCGGCCCUGCGAGCCCCCCCGCCAGAGGAAAGCUGGGGUCUUGGCGCUG